ACACGCGCCCGAUCCAAUUGCCCCGGAUCACCUGUCAAGCUUCUCUUCAUCCUUUACUGUGCAUCUUGCUCGUCUGCCCUAAUCCUUCCCUCUGCUGCGCCAUGAUCCAGCGUCCGCAUGGUCCCGUCACUCAGCUGCUCGUCUAGUCCAUCUCCCAGCUGCUCCAUCUAUCGACUCCUUUUGACGACCCUCGGCUCCUUGCGCCCGACCUCGCCAUACCUGCUCCCUCCCCCGGGCCCUCUCAAGCACAGCUCCGAUGGCUGUCUCGGACGGCGCGCCUGUCGUGUCGCACAGGAGGCGGAUUCGCAGGCGGCGUCAGGACAAGCCCGCCAUCGCCGCCCGGCUCGUGCUCGACGAUCGUACCAAGGGCGACGUUGGCGUCUUGUCCGACGACCUCUUCGCCGACCUGUUUCCGCACCUUACAAAUGAUGCCGACGAACCCACCAACCACAUCCAUCACAUUGCCGUUGCGCCAUGGGCCCCCAACGCCAACCCCGUCGACAUGGCCUGGUCCAUUGUCCCCGUUCUGCGAUCGGCCGACCUGAACCACUCGACCGUCCAGUUCUCGCCCUCGUCUGCGGCCCUCCAGAGCUUCGCCGUCGCCCUGCAGCAGGUGGCUCCCUCCAAGCUGUCCAGCCAUAGCCGCAGCGGCAUCGAAGUCCUCGUCCUCGACGUCGCCCCCGUCCCGCUCGAGACGGUCUUUGUCAGCCUCGAAAGCGAGUUAACGAAGCGGCUAGAGAACGGCGAAGGCACGUUUUACAAGGACCAUCCGACAAAUGCCAACGCCAAGGACGUCGCCGACCUGACGGCAGAGGAGCGGGUGGCCAUGGCCCUCAGGGCAGCUCUCGGCGGCCUCAAGGUCGUCCACUCUGGCGAUCUGUUUCCACUGCCUCUGCCGCCGCACCCCGUCACCCACCUGCCGCCGAACCCGGGCAAGAUUAUGCUCUGCGAGCCCGUUGCGCAGGGCAUCCUGACGGUAUCUACAAAGAUCAUACUCAUGAAGGGCAGAGGAAGCAGUCGAAGACAAGGCCGCCCUGCCGCAUCCAUGCCGACUGGCGAGCAGCUCAACGGCAAUGACGACGACGAGGAUGGCACCAACGACCAGUUCUUCUCGGCUGCCGAAGAGGGCGUCCAGGCAGGCGCCGUGACUGACGACGCGGUGGCCGCCACGGAGACGGAGACGGAUUUCUCAGGAUCGGAACAAGAGGAGGAGCUUUCGGAUGACUCAAUGGACGAGGUGAUAUCCUUGGAGGUGCCUGCACUGCCGACGACCAACUCGAUGACUUCUCAAGGUCCAGGAACGCCAAUGACGGCUGGUACGCUCCGCGGCAGGAAGACCAAUGGCUUUGCCACCCCCGGCUCCGUCUUUUCCAACUUUACAUCCACCACCGCUCGUCCCGACCGAGCUCGCGGGAGGCUAUUCAAAGUGCACGGCCUGAGGAGGCAGAUCCCCUCUGACCUUUUACAUCCCAAGCCAUCUCCCGAGGACGACGAAGAGGCUCGAAUCUACGUUGAUGUGGCUUCGCUCUCCAAAAUCGGCUGCUUCUCCGGAGACUGGGUCCGGAUUGAGGCUGCCCAGGAGCCUCCCCUGAAUGGAUUUGGCGCCUUUGGGCUGGGCAGCUUCAACCACCCAGACCUGGAAGUCUCCAAUUGGCGGCCAGUCCGUGUAUAUGGCCUGCCCGAGGGCUAUUCUCAGCGCCCUGUCACUCGGAUACCGAGUUCGAAGCUGGGCGAUCGCCGGCCGUCGUUCUUUGAGUCGCAGGUCCAGAGGCCGGCCAGUCCAGCUGCUUAUGCUUCACCAAUCUUGAUUGCCAACAUUGAUGGCGCCACACACCUGCGCAUAUCGGCGCUCAAGAAGUCCUCCUACCAGGGCAAGGGGACGCUGCCCAAAUUCACAAGCGCUGCACAGCCUCCGUACGCAAAAGACAUCGCCAUUCACCACAUCAGGACCCCCGUCUCCGCCGAAAGGGCGUACCAGACCGCGGUCUUGGGCGGACUUAAACGCUAUUUUGCGCAUAAACUGCGCCUCGUCCGGCAGGGCGAUUUGAUCGCCGUGCCGGUGGACGCCCAGCUUGGUCGUGCUUUGCAAGAGUCCCCCGGCGCAGGCGGUUCCGAGGUCGACGACGUAGUGGCAUUGACUGCACGGUCUUCCCAGUCCGGCGGGGAGAGCCUGUCGCAUCUCGACAGCGUUGCCUGGUUCAAGCACAACCGUUGCCAUGCACGCGCCAUGCACGGGUCAGGCUUCGAGACGAGCCGGAUACCGGGCACCAAGGACAGCACAUGGCCGUACUAUCUGGGCCUGAAGAAGACGCCGCAACGGUCACCGGACGGCGGCCCUCCGCAGUUGACGGAUCGUGACCACCAGCAUGUUCCGCCCCUGAGGCGCCAGCUACGGGAGCUUCUGGCUGCGGCGACGAGUCUGCGGGCCAUUCACCUGAAGAUGCCACCAGUCGCUAUCCUGCUGACGUCGACGCAUCGCAACAUUGGAAAGGCGACCAUGGCCAAGGAUGCCUGCAGUGACAUUGGUUUACACACAUUCGCCAUUGACGCCUAUGAUAUCAUUAGCGAGGGCGGAGGUAGCGGUAGCGAUGUCAAGACGGAGGGCUUUCUGAGGACGCGUGCGGAACGAGCCAUUAGCUGCGGCCCAGACUGCUGCGCUCUCCUCAUCCAGCACAUUGAGGCGCUGACGGCGGAUCGGAUAGAGGCUUCGAUCAAAGAGAUCCUGGAGGAUGUCCGCGUCCUCAUUGCCACAACAAACGAGGUUGACAAGGUUCCCGAUGGCGUCCGCGCGCUCUUCACCCACGAGCUUGAAAUGGGCGCCCCCGACGAGGCCGAGCGAGAGGCCAUCCUGAGGGCCGUCAUCGAAGACCGCGGCGUAUCUCUGGAGCCGGCCAUUGACCUAAACGCCAUUGCCCUCAAGACGGCCGCGCUGGUUGCCGGUGACUUGCUCGACGUCGUGGAGCGUGCCUCGGUAGCCCAGCGAGCCCGGCUCGAGCUGCUCUCCGCCAAGUCUGGCCGCGGAAGCAUGCCGGUGACGGUGCGCGACGUGCAGGUUGCCGGCGGCUCGGCAGCCCGAUGCCUGACGGCGGCCGACUUUGACGUUGCCGUCGAAGCCGCUCGCAAGAACUUUUCCGAUUCCAUCGGCGCCCCCAAGAUCCCCAACGUCACAUGGGACGACGUCGGCGGCCUCAGCAACGUCAAGGAGGCCAUCACGGAGACGAUUCAGCUGCCGCUGGAGCGCCCCGAGCUGUUCGCCAAGGGCAUGAAGAAGCGGUCCGGCAUCCUCUUCUACGGGCCCCCCGGUACCGGAAAGACGCUGCUCGCCAAGGCCAUCGCGACCGAGUACAGCCUCAACUUCUUCAGCGUCAAGGGCCCGGAGCUGCUCAACAUGUACAUUGGUGAAUCCGAAGCCAACGUGCGGCGCGUCUUCCAGCGGGCUCGCGACGCGCGGCCCUGCGUCGUAUUCUUUGACGAGCUGGAUUCCGUCGCGCCGAAGCGAGGCAACCAGGGCGACUCUGGCGGCGUCAUGGACCGCAUCGUGUCGCAGCUGCUGGCCGAGCUGGACGGCAUGUCGGGCGGCGACGACGCGGGCGGCGUGUUUGUGAUUGGAGCCACCAACAGGCCUGAUUUGCUGGAUCCUGCGCUGCUGCGUCCCGGUCGGUUCGACAAGAUGCUGUAUCUUGGCGUGUCGGACACGCAUGAGAAGCAGCAAACCAUUCUGGAGGCCCUCACUCGAAAAUUCACCCUCGACCCCUCCGUCUCGCUCGCGUCCGUCUCCCAGCGGCUCCCCUUCACCUACACGGGCGCCGACUUCUACGCGCUCUGCAGCGACGCGAUGCUCAAGGCCGUGACGCGGCAGGCCGCCGCCGUGGACGCCAAGGUGCGCGCCCUCAACGCCGACCCGGCGACCAAGCACGAGGUCUCGACGGCCUACUUCUUCGACCACUACGCCACGCCGGCGGACAUUGCCGUCAUGGUGCGGGAGGAGGACUUUAUCGCCGCGCACGAGGAGCUGAUUCCUAGUGUGAGCGCGGGCGAGCUGGCGCACUAUGAGAGGGUGAGGGUGCAGUUUGAGGGCGGGGACGAUAAGAAGAAGAAGCAGAAGCAGCAGCAAGACGACGAGAAGAGGAGGGGGUCUUUGGCGGCGGGGGGGAGGUCGGCUUCGGGUGGGAAGGGGAAGGGCAAGGGGAAGGCUGUUGCGACGGGUAGUGAUGAGGAGAGGGUGAAUGGGAAGGGGAAGGGGAAGGCGGUGAUGGGGUUUCAGGAUGGGACGGCGAGUGAUGAUGAGGAUUUGUAUUGA